AUGGUCGACUUGAAAGCUAUUGCCUCUCCCAAGGUAGCUGUUCCAAUUGCUGGAAUUGUGAUUCUCAUUGCGGUCUCCACGUUGGUAGCGAUAUUCUAUAUCAGAAACCCAACAGUAACCGAUAGCCUCUUUGGCACUGGUGGCAAUUCUACCGAGCCGGGAGAUUCGUCUACCAACGAUCAUGUUACGCAAUCCGAGAUGGGAUCGUCUGCUCACCUUUUGCAAACAACCACACCGGGAAACCAUGAGGAAAAAUCCACCACUCCAUCGUCUACCACCACCGUUGGACCUGUCACUCUUCCGAUGACCCCAUCCUUCAGCCAAUCUUCGACUCCAAUGCACGCCAUCGAACCUGUCCAACACCUCUAA